GCUGUCUCUACCCUAGGGCCUUGGUCUCGACCAGCUUGGAAGAGUUGUGUGGAUCAGUUGGGGUUCAUUAAAGUACGUAUUAUUGACAUAAGAUAAUAUACAGUGGUUGGACAUGGCUGAAGUUGACCUGCCGUCAGGCCCACAGGAUGGAGUGGAAUACCCUCUUACCCUCCACUACUGUGGAAACUGCAGCAUGCCACUGGAGUACUGCGAGUUCUACCCACAAUAUGAGAAAUGCAAAGAAUGGCUUGAGCAGAAUCUGCCAGAUGAAUUUGACAAAAUGCUAAAGCUGAAUGACGGCAAAGAUGACGGAGAUGACGAGAAAAAACGCCAGAAGAGGGGCGGGAAAGGAAUGAUGAGAGCUAAGAAGAAGGAAGAAGUCGAGAAAAAGAUCUGCCUAUCGCGCGCACCACGGGGGAAAAGGAAGUCUGUGACCGUCAUCACCGGACUCAGCACGUUUGGCAUAGACCUGAAGGUGGCCUCUAAGUUUUUCGCCAACAAGUUCUCGUGCGGCUCGUCGGUGACGGGCAACGGUGACGAGAUCGUGGUACAGGGUGACGUUAAGGACGACCUGUUUGACAUCCUGCCCGACAAGUGGGAGGAGAUUGAUGAAGAUCUCAUCGAUGACCUGGGCGAUCAGAAGCGGUGAAGCAGUUCCCUACGCUUCUGUGAUGUGGAUGAGGUGCCCAAUAUGCCUUGUUCGGCAGCCACAACAAUAAAUUAAGGCUCACA